CCUAGCUCCUAUUCCAAAAGGCCAAAGCCCAAAACCUCAGCUCUGUCUCUCUGUGAAUUCAGAGGAGAAUGUUGCGGUCUGCUGUUAGAGCCGCAGCUACGAGCUCCAGAACCCGUUCAUGGGAGCUCAAGGACACUGCAAUUCCAGCCCUGAGUUCUUCUCCUGAGAGCCCCUACUCUACCCUCAUCAAGGCCAAGCAUGAUAAAUUCAAACCCGAUGCAAAUAAAUCUCUCAACGUCGCCAACACUUCCCGGGCCACCUGUGGCGGCGACGCCGUGUUUGAUGUGCGGGAACGUCAACACCUCCUUAUAGCCGAUGAUAACAAACCUUCUCUGGAUGUGGGUCCCAAUGGUCGUCCCCUCUUCACUGCUACCCCCUCACUCUCACAACUCACUCGUGAAGACACUUGCAGCUACUUCAAGUUCACACGACAGGGUCUGGAUGCAGUGUUGCCGGAGGGAUUGCCUUCGGGUAUGGUCAAAGAGUUCGAGGAUUCUAUGCGAACUGCUUUGCUCGUUAGGCAUAGCUUUUUGGAUCUUCGUGAUAAUUUUAGGCGCGUGGUUGAUCCGCCGAUGUGGCCCUAUAACGGUAAAGGCCCCAAGGUUAGAAAGCAAAUUGUCUUAGAUGGUCCUGUCAGCUGUGGCAAGAGCAUUGCACUUGCCAUGCUUGUCCAGUGGGCUCGGGAAGAAGGUUGGCUUGUAUUUUAUGUUCCCAGUGGUCGUGAAUGGACUCAUGGAGGAUUUUUCUAUAAGCAUCCAGAAACUGGUCUAUGGGACACACCUGUCCAGGCUGCAAAUGUUCUUAAGGAUUUUAUGAAGUACAAUGAAUCCUUCUUGAAGCAGCUACCAUGCCAAAUCUUUGAUCCAAUCCCCCUGGGUGAGGGUGCUGGUGUUGGAUGGUUAAAAGAUGUGGAUUCCCUGGCAAUUCCUGAGGGUACAAAUUUUUAUGAGCUGGUAAAGACUGGAAUUGAUCAAACACAUGCUGCUGUUGGAGUGGUGGUUCGGUUGAGGAAAGAGUUAUCACUUGUUAAAGAUAUGCCUGCACUUAUUGCAAUUGAUCAGUAUAAUAACUGGUUUACAUUCAGUGCGUAUGAGGAGCCAGUAUCAAUCCAUUCUUGUCGGCCAAUACAUGCGAGAGAGCUUACAAUGGUGAAGGCUUUUAGGACAAUGAUGCAUGAUGAUAUGAUGGUAGGAGCUUUUUCUCAUUCAACUGCAGUAGGAAAGCUUCGUAAAGAUUUGCCAGAUGUUCCAGUAGAUGCUCGUGUUAUGUUUCCUCGUUACAGUCUGAAAGAAGCAGAGGCCGUUUGCCAUUAUUAUUUAAGGCAAAGGCUAAUACGUCGUGAAGCAUUCUCAGAGGAAAAAUGGAAAAAGAUGUAUUUCCUGUCUAAUGGAAAUGGAUCUGAGAUAAGGGGGUUGGCUCCUUUCAUGCGUUGAAUGACAACAGAAGAAUUACUCCCAACCCCCCAAAAAACACGGAAGAAUGUGGGGGGCAAAGCAUGUCAUUUCGACAUUUUCCUCUUAAUCUUGAUGCUUUACAAUUUUUUGAGAACUUGCUUAUUGCGUUAUCCGCUCAAAUUUUUCAGUGAGAAGCAGGUUGCCAUAACAAUGUACUGUCAUGUAAAUUGAUCUACAAUUUCAUUGGAGUUAGCAAUAA